GACUCCUUGCUUGUGUGGAAGACUGUCCUGCUCCAGCCUGUGUGCCCCUGCCUGUGGGUGGCCGCCCGGCCCACUGGCUGACAGCUACAACGAGCCCUGCGUGCGCCAGUGCCCCGACUCCACCGUGGUGAUCCAACCCCCGGCCUCCGUGGUCACCUUCCCCGGGCCCAUCCUCAGCUCCUUCCCGCAGAGCUCCGUGGUUGGCUCAGCAGGAGUGCCCGCCGUUGGAUCUGGCUUGGGUGGCACCUUUGGACGUAGUGCCGGCUUUGGGGGCUAUGGAGGCCUGGGAGGCUAUGGAGGCUCUUAUGGCCUUGGGGGCUUUGGGGGCUAUGGAGGCUUUGGCAGCUGUGGAUACGGUGGCUUGCGCCGAGGCCACAGGUACCUCAGCGGCAGCUGUGGGCCCUGCUAAGCACAGCAGUGCCUCUGUCUGCGGUUGAAGGAGAGCUCUGGAGAAGUCCCAGCACAUCCCACCAGAUGCCGUGACAAUGGGCUUCCCUUCAGCAUCGCUGGACUGCGAACCUUGGAUGCUACAUGCCUGCAUGGGGACAAGCUCUGUCUUUCUUUGUUCUGCCUGGUCUUUGUUUCUGGUCUGGCUCACCCUUGAUAGCAUGGCCCAGCUACGGCAGCCUGCUCCUGUCCCUCUGCUCUCUGCAAGAAGACAAGGACAGCCUCGGGCCAGGGGCUGCCCUUCUGCCACCUCCCUCCUCCUCCCCUGGACCUUCAAUAAAAUUUCUCUUACACUGCAGUCUUGACCCCGGUAUUUUGUCUUCCUUGUCCUUCCCUAAUUGCCCGAUAUCUCAGAGACACUGAUUCUGGGCUGCUAGCUGCUCCCACAGCACUGCCUCUGGGACAUUUGCCAGUUGGGCUGUGCAUUACUGCUGAGGAUCACAGUGCACAGAUGGUCCUGCAGAGCCCAUUCCACUGAGCCUCCUCUCUUCUACAACCGGUACAAUGAUACCUCUGAAACAAACCUCACUUCAAUAUGUUAACACUCAAUGGAUGCCCCACAGAACCUCUUCCAUGAGAUCUGCACAACCUGGCCUCUGCAUGCCUUCUUUCUCUUCCUUUUCUUGUUAUGCCAGUGAUAACACAUAGAGGUCAGAGGAAAUGGGGAGACAAGCAGUGCAUGGACAGGGCUGCUGCCACCUGCUAACAGUGUCCCUGUGCUCAGAUCCUGGAGGGGGACAGUGGAGGGGGUAAAGGAAUUAGCACCCCAUGUACCCAAGGUAGCCAUGAAUGGGGCACAGCCAUCCUGUCCCAGAGAGCACCAAGGUCUUGAGCCGGAGUU